AGCAUCAAGCAAGCAGCCAUGGCGUCGUCGCCGGCGGCGGUGAAGGUGAUCGGCACGUUCGACAGCCCGUACAGUCACCGCGCCGAGGCCGCCCUGCGGCUCAAGGGGGUGCCCUACGAGCUCAUCCUGGAGGACCUGCGCAACAAGAGCGACCUGCUGCUCACCCACAACCCCAUCCACAAGAAGGUCCCCGUCCUCCUCCACGGCGACCACCACGCCGUCUGCGAGUCGCUCGUCGUCGUCGAGUACGUCGACGAGGCCUUCCCUGCCGGGCCUCCCCUCCUCCCCGCCGACCCCCACCUCCGCGCCACCGCCCGCUUCUGGGCCCGGUUCAUCGACGACAAGUGCACGAAGCCGUUCUGGCUGGCGCUGUGGACGGAGGGGGAGGCGCAGGAGGGGUUCAAGCGGGAGAUCAAGGAGAACCUGGCGCUCAUGGAGGGGCAGCUCAGGGGAAAGCGGUUCUUCGGCGGCGACGCCAUCGGCUACCUCGACGUGGCCGCCAGCGGGUACGCCUACUGGCUGGAGGUGUUCGAGGAGGUCGCCGGCGUGAGCCUGGUCACCGCCGACGAGUACCCCGACCUCUGCCGCUGGGCGAAGGAGUACGCCUCCGACGGCAGGGUCAAGGGGUGCCUGCCGGACAGGGCGAAGCUGCUCGCCCACUUCACGGCGAUGAAGGAGGUGUUCAUGGCGACGGCGAGGUCAAUGGCGCCAAAAUGAUGCUCCUACUGUGCAUGCUGUUUGUCGUCAGCGUACCGGAUAAUGUUGUUGGCACGCACGCGGGCGUGUUUUGUCACGCUACUUUUGCCGGAAUAAAAAAGCUGAGCAAUUUUAUGGUUAUUGAGUAGGUUCGAGAGGUACUACCUCCGUUUCGUAUGUAAGAUGUUUGAUUUUUUGUUAUAAUG